AUGUUUCGGAAUAGAAUUUGGCUUCGGAGCUUAACUAGGAAAUCAAGAACGAGGCCCUCGAAUGAUCAGAAGAAUAUUACGGUACAGCCAACGGGGGCCGAUUCUGGUGAUGGAGGCAUUUCAAAGAAACGAAAAAACUGGCAACCAGGUAUCGAUUCAAACCCAGAUAUGUUUAGGAAAAGGAGAAGGACUAGGGGAAAUAACAAGGCCUGUGAUGCAAAUGUGGAUCGGAUUUCCGAAUUGCCUGAACCAAUCAUCCAUCAUAUUUUUGCACGCCUCAAAUGCUUCAGAGACGUGGUCCGGACUAGCAUCCUUUCAAAGAAGUGGAAAAACACUUUCGACUCAUACCUCACCUUUGAAUUCGACGAGAGAUGGUUUCGUGUGCCAAAGGCUGUUGGAAAACACAAGAGGAUCAAGGCCCGUGAGUUGCAGAAAAAGAAGUUCAAGGGUUAUGUUAAUCGUUCUAUAGAAAUGAGGCUCAACCCAGUUCCUUGCAUAGACAAGUUCAGGCUAUAUGUGAAUAACGUGGAUAUCCGGUUGAAUGACUGCAUGCAAUGUUGGGUUCAUGCUGCUGUGGACAAAAACGUGAAAGAGCUGGAUAUUCAGGUGAAUACCAACGGAAAAUAUUUUAGUUUGCCAAGUGCUGUGCUACUGUCCACGUCUAUAGCUUCUCUAAAGCUCUCAGGCUACUUAUCAUUAGGGUCCACUUCAUUAGGCAUGUCUAAUUUGAGAGAGCUUUCCAUAAAAGGCUCAUUGCGGAUAAAUGAGGCCGUGAUCCAGCAAUUUGAGAAGUGUUGCCCUUUGAUGGAGGAUUUGAGGCUAGUUCACUGUAACGGCAUUUAUGUUAUAUCCUUUCUGUCUCUCAUGAAGCUGAGAAGGGUGGAGCUGCAUGAGUGUGAAAAGGUGGGUUACAUAGAGAUUGCAUCGCCAAACCUCGAAAGCUUUUGGUUUCAUGCAGAGAAAAAUCAGGAGUGCGAAAUCAACCUUCAAAGCUUGGGGAGUUUGAAAAAUUUGACGUUGAAGGACAAUAGAAUGAUGGAUACUGUUCUUCAGGGUUUCCUCUCCAAAGCCACAUUGCUCGAGAAAUUGGUGCUUCUUAAGUGUGCUAAACUCAGGAGGCUCACUAUUUUAAGUGACAGAUUAAAGAGCUUGGCCUUGAUUCAGUGUUACAAGUUGGAAGAAGUGAACAUUGAUGCACCGAAUUUGUCUUCCCUCCAGUACAGUGGCAACAGGGUGCCUUUCUCGUCCAUCAAUACUCUAGGCCUUCGUGAAGCAAAGUUUUCUUUUGGUCCCACUAUGAGGACAAAUCAGCUUCUUGUCGAGUAUCAGACACAUUUUCGGGACUUUGAUCGGUCUAAGGGUUUUAAACUGAUUGUAUACUCCAAGCAGGAUCUGAAGGUUUAUGAAGACCCAAACGAGGCCCUUGAAUAUCGAAACUCUUUUUGCAAUUUAGAACUCACUACUUCUUUGACAAGUGUUAUGAAAAUUGUUGAUGACUGGUUGCGGAAUUUCCAUGGUAGGCAUAUUGUGCUUGUAUCACCCAGCAGUGAAUUGAUACAGCUAACACAGAGAAUGAUUAUGGACAGAGAAGAUAAUCCGAGUUGCUGCGCAUUUUAUUCAAACAAAUGCUGGCUACAUUACAUUGAAGAUGUUACAGUUCAAAACCUCACCUGCAUUGACAAGAGGCAUUAUGUCUUCAAAUGGAAAUGUUGA